AUGUCGCUGGAGGUGUGGAAGUCGGAGCAUGGGUCGGCAUCGGGGCGGACGCAGGUCCACCCGCCGACGGACACCUCGGCGGCGGCGCUCCCUCUGCUCGCCGUGGUCAGCGAGCUGGCUGAUGAGGAUGCUGGGGACCCUCCGUCGAUGAGUGGGGCGUCGCCUGUGGCGCCGGCCAAGUGCAUCGCCGGUGGCCGACAUGAUGUCAAGCAAGUCGGCGUGGGAGUGAAGUCGACGCCGACAGGGGAGAAGCAUGCAGAGGAGGAGCAGCCGACUAUGGUGGAACCGGCGAAGGAGGCAUCGGCAGGGAAGCUGCCGUCAGGGGACCAGCCAGCAGUGAAGCCGACCACGGUGCAGUCGGCGAGCGGGCGGUCGGCAAGGGAGCCGACGACAGGGGAGCGGUCGGCUGGGACGCCGACUGCUGUGCAGCAGAACGUCGAAUGCAGCGAAGCCGGUGAAGAUGGAGGGGAGCAGUUGGGCGACGAGGAGUCCACCGACAGUGACGUGGUGGAGGUUCAGCCUAGACCUCGGCGUUCAGGCCAAGCUAGGAGGCCGCCGGACUUUCUGUCCUACCAUGCGUGCGUGCCGCUGGCUGCCUGCACCACGCUUUACGACAAUGACUACGACGACUUGGCGUACGACGCCGCCGAGGAUGACGUCGACCUGUUGGAGCUCGACCGCGACGUGCACGCCGACCCCGAGCACCGCUGGGACAUCGCGAAGAUAACGGUGAAGCAUGCGUUGGGAAGCCAGAAGGGCAAGGCGGUGAAGGCCGCCAUGGACGAGGAGAUCCGCAGCCUCAUCGCCAACGGCACGUGGGAGUUGAUGGAACGGCCGCGCGGCAUCAACAUCAUGAAGAACUGUUGGGUGCUGAUGACCAAGUACUACGUCGACGACACCGUCGAGCGCAAAAAGGCGAGGCUAGUCGUGAAGGGCUUCACGCAGGUCAUCGUCGCCAUCCUCGACCUCAACCUGAUGCAGCUCGACAUGAAGAACGCCUUCCUGCAGAGCAAGCUUGACCGGGUGCUGUACAUGUACCAGCCGGACUACUACAACGACGGGACCCAUCGGGUGUGCAAGCUGCUGAAGAGCCUGUACGAGCUGAAGCAGUCGCCGCUGCUGUGGUACUUGGCACUCGGCGCUGCUGUUGGAAGAAGAGCCAGCCGCAACACCGCGAUGCUGAAGGAGCUGAAGGAGCUGCUAGAGGCCGCCUUCGAGCUGCGCGAGAUCUCGCCAGCGGAGAAGUACCUCGGGCUGGAGAUCGUGCGCGACAGGCCGGCGAGGAAGCUGUGGCUGCACCAGCAGGGCUACGCCGACAAGCUGCGCAGGCGGUUCAUCGACGAGGAGCAAACCGGGUCCACCCCGAAGACGCCGGUCUCCAUCGGCGCCUACGCCGAGCAGAAAGAGGAGGAGGAGUACCGGCAGAAGGUCGGCUCGCUACAAUUCACGACGAUGACGAUGAGGCCAGACAUCGCCUGUGCCUGUAGCAAGCUGGGGAGCGGCCUCACAGUGAGGAGCGACCAGCACUGGCGCGAGGUCGACCGCUGCCUCGCCUACCUCACCAACACUCGUGACACCACCCUGGAGUUCCGCGGUAGGCUAGAGAUGCUGGAGCUAGUCGGCUACGUGGACGCCGACGACGCCAGUGACAAGCAAAACCGGACGAGCACCAUCAGCUACGUGUUCGUCUACGGAGGGGCCGCAGUCUCCUGGUCGAGCCAGCGCAUCAAGUGCGCGACGUUGUCGUCGACCGAGUCGGAGUACGUGGUGGCAACCGAGGUUGGCAAGGAGGGACGCCGCCUUUGCUUCCUCCUCGCAGAGUUCCGGCAAUUGGAUGUCGGGACGCCGACUGUUCUUUGGGUAUACAGCAAGUCGGCCAUCACGAUCGCCGAGGGCAUGGGGCUGACGGGCAACCUCAAGCACAUGGAGCGGCGAUACGCCUUGCUGUAG